UACGGACGAUGACGUCACAUGGUCCCGCCUACGUUUAGCUCUCCCGUUUGUUCCCAUGGCAACAGACAACAAACAUUUCCAAAUGUCGCCUCGUUGUAAUCGAGCAGCAUAUAAAUCGUAUUGUCAGUUUUGUACCAAUUAGCUUCACUUUUUUCAGAUUAGCUAACUUGAUAACUCAUUCUACGUUGCCACCAAUAACCGAACACCAUGAGACUGGGAUCCAGCUCCACAAACUCCAGGAACAGCACCGACACCCGGCGGUAUCGCACCCGGGCCCCCACCUCUCAGGUGGAUGAAUCCCUGUUUGCGAGCCCCAACCCGAUAGACGUGAGGCGUGGAAACUCCUCCAAGUCUACAAAGAGUCCACCUCAGAAACACCAGGAAGGAGCGACGGUUCAAAUUGUGACCAAAGACCUCAUCCGCAACAUCAGGAUCCCAUUCAAGGACCCUUCAGGAGAAUCCGUCAUUUUACCAUUGGCUGAUUUUAAGCGGAUCACCUCAGAGUCCCUGGUCCUGACCAAGGAGGAGCGGGCGGCCCUGAAGGAGGCGCACCAGAAGAAAAAAGAUGAGGACAUUAGAAAUGCGGAGGACAGGAAGCGUCAGAUCUUUGAAGCGGACCUGUCCCGGCAGGAGAACCAGGCGCUGACGGAGCUGGAGCUGGAGGCCCGCGACCGAGCGCAGCACCUGGUGAAGAGAGCCAACAACCUGAGGAUGGAGCAGGAGGACGAGAUCCGGAAACUCAACAAGCUGAUCUUGGGUGCUCAGUGUCAGGCCACUCGUGACGUGCAGAUGGAGGAGAAGAAGCAGAUCCAGAGCGAGCUGACGGAGGAGGAGCAGCGCCUGGACGCCAUGAUGGAGGUGGACCGCCGCCGGGCCCUGGACACCGUGGAUCAGAUCGACAAGCUGCGCAAACAGAAGAGGAUCGAGGGGAUGCAGAAGAUCACAGAGCAGAUCCAAAGACAACAUGAGGAGAAGCAGCUGCAGGACGAGGUGAAGGAGCUGGAGAAGCAGCAGGCCCGAGAGAAGCAGGAGAAAAUUAUCCUGGAAGACCUGGAGGCUCUGGAGAAGAAGAGGAAGAAUCAGGAGUGCCUGCAGGAGGAGAUCAUGCGCAUCAACGCAGAGACCAUGCAGGCCAAGGAGAGGAGGCUGGAGGAGGAGAGACAGGCCGACAGGAGGGACAUGGAGUACUUGAAAAACAAAAUGGAGCGGGCUUCAGAGUAUGAAGCAGAGCAGAAACGCUUGAAGAAGGAGAAGGAGCUGGAGAUUGCCCGGCUGAGGGCCCGACAGGAAAAGGCAAAAGACUACAAAGCAGAGCAGGAUGAGCUGCGUGCUCGGAGGAACCAGGAGUUUAAAGACAGAGACUGGAGGAGUAAGCAGAGGGAGCUCGCUGUGAAGAAGGCGCAGGAGGAGGAGAUGCUGAUGGCGGCGCGCACCGACCAGGUUCGCUGCAAAGAGCACUUCCUGUCCAUCGAGGCCGGCCGUGAGAAGGCAGAGUUUGAGAGGGUGCUGAGCGUGCAGCAGCAAGCCAUCGUCAAACUGAAGGAGGAAGAGGAGAAGCGGCGUCAGAAAUCAAGCCGCCACGCAGAGGCCAUCAGGACCCAGGUGAAGGAGCAAGAGCUGUCGGCCGUUGCCAAGCGCAGAGAGCUCUUCAAGGAGGGCGAGCGGCUGAUGGAGGAAGACCGGCAGAGACGCGUCCGCCUCGAGGAGAUCAAGGAGAAGAAGCUCCAGGAGCUCAAGGCUACAGGGCUGUCUGAUAAGUACUGCAGCGAUGUGGAGAGGAAGGCCCGGGCCUGCGCACUCUGAUUCGAAGACAUCUCAUUUACCCAACAUGAACACUCACUAAUGUAACUUGAAAAUCAAUAAGAAUUAAAAUGUUUGCACUUUA